ACCAGGUCAUUUUUGUGCUUAUGUGUGUGCAAUUUUCGGGAAAGUUUUCCAUUUUUUUCUGGAUAAACACUUGUACACACUAAUAAAAAUUGCGAGAAAGGCCUACAACAGGAAAACCGUUUGAAUAUAAGCGAAUCAGUUACCACAACCAACGAAAAUCUGCUUUUCCCAUAGUUUGUUAUGAAAUCGGAAGAAUUUGAUAUGGUUGAUGGUGCGUUGGAGAUGAAUGGAAAAAUAUGUGAAGAGUCUUUGGAAGAUGCUCUAUUGGCUGAUCCAGAUUGUUGUGGGAUUUGCGGAGACACCCUAAUGAAGCCUAGAUUGCUUUAUUGUCUACAUGUUUUCUGUGAACAUUGCUUGGAAACACAACUUAUGGAUGGGGGAGGUGAUGCUGGAAGUCCUAAUACAACUAUUGUUUGCCCCACUUGUGAAUUCGAAACUAUCGUGGGUMUUAAAAAAGUAGCCGAUCUACCUCUCGACGUGACCAAAACGAACGUAUCCGAUGUAUCUCAUUCAGUAAAUCCAACUUGCACCUCCUGUACUGCCAAAGAAGUGGCAAAAUCACGUUGCAAUACUUGCCACAAUUUGCUGUGCAAUAAUUGCGAUACGGCACAUCAUUAUAUGCGUUGCUUUGAGUCCCACUCUGUGGUUGCUUUGGAGGAUAUGCGUAAAGAGGGCAUCAAAAUAACCAUCCAUAAGCCUUUGGAAUGCGAAGAGCAUGCAGGCGAAAAUAUUAUUUACAACUGUGGGAUUUGCAAUUCUUUAAUAUGUGCUCUUUGUGCCAAAGGGGAUCAUAAGAGUCAUACCACUGAAGGGGUAGCCGACUCAGAAAUUCGAGUUCGCCAGGAAAUAGAAAUGCUUGUCGAUGAAAGUAAGAAAAAGGUGGAAAAGCUGAUGAAGUGCUCUGGCAGUGUUGAUAAUGGAUUGGAGGAAUUGUCGCACCAACGCAGUACUGCUAAAGACUUGAUUAAUGAAACAUACCAAAGUUAUAAGGCUGUUUUAGAAAAGUGUAAGGAUGAAUCUCUAGAAGAGUUGAAUACACUAUAUCAUGAUCGUUUUCUGAAAAUGAUGAAACAAUCAGUCGACAUUGCAAAAACGAUCAGUAAUUUUGAAGAUGCUUGCAAAUAUACAAGUAAACUGUUGGAGAGCGGAACCGUUCUGGAAAUGAUGUACUUGCGAAAAGUCGUUGCAUCUAGAUUACUUGGUUUAAACACCGCUCUUCCCAAGGUUGAAAAUUCUUACACUCUAGAGUUCAAGUCUGAUUUUAAACAUUUCGAGCAGGUCGUUAAAGACAACUUCGGCAUUUUUAUUACUGAGAGCUCGUCCUCCGAUUCACCACCUAAAAGUCCAACCGUUAGUAAUCAUGCAUCUCAAUUAUCUCCACUGGACAUGAGUGCCGUAGUUCUAUCGAAGCCUGCUUCUCUUACAAAUGGGAGCCCUAUUUCAAUGCCCACUUCUAUGCAGUCUAGCUUUGAAGGUGAAAUGACCAACAGUUUGCAGCAUUACAAUCAAUUGGCUAGUCCUCCUUUGCCACAAGUUUCUACUACUCCGGCGCCACAGGGCUACUCCAGCUUUGCAGAGUUUAAUAUCGCGCAGCUGGCCACACUUGCUGAAACUGCAAAUAGCGCAGCCACGUCUCCAACUCCACCAACAUUCAAUAUUGCCGAUCUUUUGACUAAUGACACCGCAUACAAGAAUCUGGCCUCGUUAGCCAAGUUGGGCCUCAAUACUACGGUCGAUUCAAAUCCCGCAAUAACAGCGAAUGGUGGAAAUAUGCUUGUGCGUUCAACAUCUACAGUCUCUUUAAAUCUGGCUAAUAACAUGAUAAAUGGUUUUGGCGGAGUUUCCACAUCUACAUCUCCGUUGCUAUCCACCCCAGAAGAUAUUAUUCCUACAGACGGAACUUUAACAAAUAUUUUGCCAUCAUCCGCCAAUAAUCCAAAUCCAGUGCCUAAUCGCAGCAACAAGGUGAGUCCAAUGCAAAUUAGAUGCAAAUUUGGACAAUUGGGGCCCAGUAAGGGACAAUUCAACUCACCCCAUGGAUUUUGCUUGGGUAUGGAGGAGGACAUUAUUGUAGCUGACACCAACAAUCAUAGAAUCCAGAUUUUUGAAAAAACCGGAUCAUUUAAGUUUCAAUUUGGUAUUCCUGGAAAAGAUGAAGGGCAACUGUGGUACCCGCGCAAAGUAGCAGUAAUGCGUCCUACUGGAAAAUACGUCGUUUGCGACCGCGGAAAUGAGCGAUCUCGUAUGCAAAUAUUUACCAAAAACGGCCACUUUCUAAAAAAGAUUGCAAUCAGAUACAUCGAUAUUGUUGCUGGUUUAGCGGUGACUGCAGCUGGUGAAAUAGUGGCGGUCGACAGCGUAAGCCCUACAGUUUUUAUUAUCCAUGAAAAUGGAGACUUGCUGCGUUGGUUCGACUGCAGCGACUACAUGAGAGAGCCAUCUGAUAUCGCCAUUCAUGGAAAAGAAUUUUACGUCUGCGAUUUUAAAGGGCACAACGUAGUUGUGUUCAAUGAGGAAGGACAAUUUUUGCGUCGCAUCGGAUGCGAAAAUUUAACAAACUUUCCAAAUGGUAUUGACAUAUCCGAUGCAGGGGAUAUUUUAAUCGGGGACUCUCAUGGUAAUCGAUUUCAUGUGGCUGUUUUUGCUAGAGAUGGUUCUCUAGUUUCCGAAUUUGAAUGUCCUUACGUUAAGGUUUCGCGUUGCUGUGGACUCAAAAUUACCUCGGAAGGUUAUGUGGUGACUUUGGCUAAAAACAAUCACCAUGUUCUUGUUUUGAACACCCUAUAUAUCCUUUAGGGACGGCGUUCCUCCAGGCCAUUGAUCUCUCAUUCGCACUCUUGUACAUAGCCAAGAACUGAUUUUUUCAUUUAAACUACCUAGUUUAAGGUUUUUAAUCGUUUCGAGAUGCAGUGUCCAGUUGUUUACCCGCCUCUAUCAAGAAGUGGUAUUAAGGUGUUUUGAUAGAAAAUGUUUUUCGAUGUGUGUAUUUUGUUCCUGCAGAACGUUGUUUCCUCAAGCCGCAAGAUGAUUUGAAUUUGGUGUUGUUCUGCAUGGACAUAUAUUUUAUCAAUACUGUAACAAUCUGUAAUUGACCGCAAGGUCUAUCUGUGUACCUUUCGAGAUAUAUUUACAUGUAUAAUAGGCUACGCACUCUUGUUUCUCUGCUUAACCUCGAAAAUUACGUACAUUCUUUGGACUAUCGCUUCAGUAUUUAAACGACUAUAACUACCUACUCUUGUAUAAAUAUACAUUAUCUUAAAUACUAUUAUAUAUGUAUUGUAUCUACUUAUAUUCGCAGGGGCAACGCCACUGUUCCGAUCGCGCCCGCCCCUGCGAUUUUUGCUACGCCAGAUAUUCAUUAUUGUAUUCCUAUUGCCUUGUUGUUUUACAUCAUCUGUGGUUAUUCAGGGUGGCAAGAGCAUUAACGCUCGUAUUUUUCGAAAUGUUUUUUCUUUAAAUUGUACUAAGGUUGUUCAUUUGUAUGUUAUAUUGGUUUAUGAAUAUAAUUAAAUAUUGUAAA